AUGAUGGGCUCAUCGUCGCAAGAGCUUCAAACAGCUCUAACCGACGUCUCAAAGACCUGCCAUCACUUGUGGGAAGAGAAUAAGGACCUCCAAGGCAGAUUUGUGAAUGAACUCGGCGAGCUUCAACGUCUGCAAAUAGUCAUUGCACAGCUGGAACAGCAACAGAGACUAGAAAAUGUAUUCACUGUGAAACAGCAAAUGACAGAGUUACAGAAAAGAGCAGCCACACUUUAUGAGCAUUUGACACAGAAAAGAAAUGAUAUUGUCAUUAAACUUAAUGAUGGCACCAAUUUUGCGACUAUGCUACAGGUUGGUACUUCUACUAUGAAAAAAUGUUUUAAAAAAUUGAGUUUUUUUACCGUUUCAAAAUUUUUUGGAAUAUGA